UUUCAGACUACUACUAUCUUACCAGAACUUGAAGAAGACCUUCAUCUUACUGAAUUGGAAUAUUCUAACUCUAUAAUGCCUGAUGAAGAUGUCAUUGCUGAAUAUUCAAAUCCUCUUGACAAAAGACAAAA